AACAAAUGAUGCUUGCAGUGUUGUUAUGUGAAGCUCGCCAUCUGCUGGUGGAGAAGAUUACGUGCCCGCCAAUGAGCGAAUGGAUGAACCGAACUGAGAAGCUGAUUGGCUCGUUGCGAGUUCAGUUGACAGGAGAAGCGCAUUCAUUGUCGGUGUACAGAUUUUUGGUAAACGAUAUAAUGGAGCUGAACGGCUUCCACUGUGACGGCGAGGGAUGUGCUGAGGAGAAAGAGGAAGAACCGCCAGCGCUCAUGCUGCCUCGAUCGAAGACGGAAACGCCAUGUAGCCUAAUUGCUACACCGGGUGCAGACAGCGAAGCGGCCGGCGGCAGUGCACUCCGAGAGCAGCGGGUGUCAAAAUCGACACCGGUGAUGUUGAGGCUCGACUCGCUGAAAAAGAACAGGCCUCGUAGCUUUCCCAUGGUUUGGCAUGGACAUUGGCGGCACGUUGGUGAAGCUGGUCUACUUUGAGCCCAAAGACAUAACAGCAGAAGAAGAACAGGAAGAGGUGGAGAGUCUGAAAAGCAUCCGUCGCUACCUCACCUCACACACUGCCUACGGCAAAACAGGUAUUCGGGAUGUUCACCUGGAGCUCUCUGACCUUAUCCUUUGGGGCCGCAAGGGCAACCUGCACUUCAUCCGCUUUCCUACGCACGAGCUGCCUGCCUUCUUGCUGAUGGGUCGAGACAAGCACUUCUCCAGUCUGCACACCACCCUCUGUGCCACUGGAGGUGGUGCAUUUAAAUAUGAAGAUGACUUCCGUACGAUGGCCAAUCUGCAGCUGUUGAAGCUGGAUGAGCUGGACUGUCUGAUAAAGGGGGUUAUGUACAUUUACUCAGUGGUCUCAAGUGGUCCACCUGAAUGUUACUAUUUUGAGCAUCCAACAGACCCUGAGCGCUGCGAGCAGAAGGCAUACAACCUGGAGGACCCCUAUCCUCUGCUGCUUGUAAACAUUGGAUCUGGUGUCAGCAUACUGGCUGUAUACUCCAAAGACAACUACAAACGUGUCACUGGAACCAGUCUUGGUGGUGGUACAUUCCUUGGGCUGUGCUGUCUCUUGACUGGAUGCUCCACCUUUGAGGAAGCGUUGGCAAUGGCCACAGAAGGAGAAAGUACAUGUGUGGAUAAACUAGUCCGGGACAUCUACGGUGGCGACUAUGAGCGAUUUGGCUUGCCAGGAUGGGCUGUUGCCUCCAGCUUUGGGAACAUGAUAUGCAAGGAGAAGAGAGACUCUGUCUCCAAGGAGGAUCUGGCUAGAGCAACACUUGUGACCAUUACAAACAACAUUGGCUCAAUCACACGCAUGUGUGCGCUCAAUGAGAACAUUGAAAGAGUGGUAUUUGUUGGGAACUUUCUACGAGUGAACACAUUAUCCAUGAAGCUGCUCUCUUAUGCUUUGGACUACUGGAGCAAAGGACAACUCAAAGCCCUGUUCCUCCGACACGAGGGUUAUUUUGGAGCGGUUGGUGCACUUUUGGAAUUACCAAACCCAUCCUGAUCUGCUACCUUAUCAUAGAUCAUGGCUUUUACCAAAACUCAAAAAUAUGUAUGCAAACAGACCAUAGUUGCCUUCAUAUAUCAGACAAUGCCCUAAACUAUGCAGACCAAGCCCGGACAUCUUAUUAUCACCAAAAAUAUUAUAGUAAUUAUAAUAACAUCUCUUAAUGAGCUAUACAAUCAGCUUAAACAAUCACAUGCCUAUAGUUUAAGGAAUUGUUGCAAACAUCAGAACUAUUUAGAGCCGGUCAAUUUUCAAAGGCUUAUGCAAAGACCACCAGCUGAUAUGAGAAUAAGACAGUAUGAUCUGAUACAUAGCUUAAAUGAACACUUCACAAUCAGGUGAUUAGACAUCAUUUAUAAUGUGUCGGCUGUCAAACUGUAUUAUCAUUACAGGUUAUGAAAAGAUAUUGCAUCAAACAGAAGAACAGUGACUGAACCCUGUUUAUGUUUGUUAAUGACAGUACAUUUCAAUGUUUUGGGGCACAGUAAGCUGAUAUCAGUCAAGCACCUUUCUUUUGCAAUUUAUUGUUUUGUAUGUAAUACAAUGUAAAUGCAAAAUUAGUAAGUAUAAUUUUUGCCGUUGGGGUCUGUUAUAUGAAAGCUGCUUUUUAUGUGUAGUGAGUUCAGAGUCAGAAUUUCAUGGAUGUCAUGUAGGUCAUAUUAUGUUUAUAGAGAAACAGUGUUGUUUGACAGCAUUUUGUAUAAAACAGCUGUGAGAGAGAAAAGGACCUAAUAUCAGGGAUGGGAACAAAAACUUUUACACUAUGGAUAAUUAUCCUCCUUGUUUUUUUCUUUUUUUGAAUCACUUUGUUUCCCUUUUGCAUAAACCAACACCAAACCAACAUGUGUUCUGUUGCCUUCUCUUUAUAGUCUGUUGUAUCCGAUGUUAUUUAGUUAUUCAUCAUGUCUGUACGGAUAUAGUUUGUUAUUACAACAGCAAAUAAGUGCCUUGCAUUUGUUUAAAACAUGGAAAACAAAUUGUUCCUCAACAAAAACGCCUUUGUACCCUUUUAAUCAAAACAAUUGUUUUU